GCCCGCGGCCUCCGCCGCCAUUUCGGGCGCUGCUGUUAGGCUGAGAUCCGAGCCGGUCCGCUGGGCGGCGGGCGACGGGCUGGAGGGACGCGCGCGGCGGCGGCGGCCCUGCGUGUAGGCACCGAGGCGGCCAUGGCGGGCAACUUCGACUCGGAGGAGAGGAGUAGCUGGUACUGGGGGCGGCUGAGCCGGCAGGAUGCGGUGUCGAUGUUGCAGGGCCAGCGGCACGGGGUGUUCCUGGUGCGGGACUCGAGCACCAGCCCUGGGGACUAUGUGCUCAGCGUCUCCGAGAACUCGCGCGUCUCCCACUACAUCAUCAACAGCAGCGGCCCGCGCCCACCGGUGCCACCGUCGCCCGCCCAGCCUCCGCCCGGGGUGAGCCCCUCCAGGCUCCGAAUAGGAGAUCAAGAGUUUGAUUCAUUGCCUGCUUUACUGGAAUUCUACAAAAUACACUAUUUGGACACUACAACGUUGAUAGAACCAGUUUCCAGAUCCAGGCAGGGUAGUGGAGUGAAUCUCAGGCAGGAGGAGAUAGAGUAUGUGCGAGCCCUCUUUGACUUUAAUGGGAAUGAUGAAGAAGAUCUUCCCUUUAAGAAAGGAGACAUCCUGAAAAUCCGGGAUAAGCCUGAAGAGCAGUGGUGGAAUGCAGAGGACAUGGAAGGCAAGAGGGGGAUGAUUCCAGUCCCUUACGUGGAGAAGUAUAGACCUGGCCCCGCCUCAGUAUCGGCUAUGAUUGGAGGUAACCAGGAGGGUUCCCACCCACAGCCACUGGGUGGGCCGGAGCCUGGGCCCUAUGCCCAACCCAGCGUCAACACUCCGCUCCCUAACCUCCAGAAUGGGCCCAUUUAUGCCAGGGUAAUCCAGAAGCGAGUCCCUAAUGCCUACGACAAGACAGCCUUGGCUUUGGAGGUCGGUGAGCUGGUAAAGGUUACGAAGAUUAAUGUCAGUGGUCAGUGGGAAGGGGAGUGUAAUGGCAAACGAGGUCACUUCCCAUUCACACAUGUUCGUCUGCUGGAUCAACAGAAUCCUGAUGAGGACUUCAGCUGAGUAUAGCUCAACAGUUUUGCUGACAGAUGGGAACAAUCCUUUUUUAUUUUUUUCCUUUCCAGUUGCCAUCUAUACAUUUUUUUUUUUUUUUUACAGAUGUCAGACACAGUCUAGUUUAUAUAAGUGUUCUGUUACCUGUGAUCAUUUUUAGACUGAACUACUACAUCCCUAGUUCCAUUUACCACGUUCAGGGUACAAAACUGGAGGGCUUUGUGUGUUAACUUCUGAAUUGGACAUUUUAGGUGGUAGCUGCCAUGCCUGAGUGUAUCAGAGGGAUAGGUAGGUAUCUUGCCUCCUUUCUCUCAGGCAAUGCAAGUCAACCUGUGGAAAACUGAUGGACAGGAGAGAAGUGUUGCACACUACCUACCCUGAUUUAUCCAAUGGUGGUUUUUUUUUCCUUCUGAAACCAUCCUAUCAAAUGGCAAUAGACUGUUCCCUUUCACCCCCAGAAAGUAAUCAUGUACCAUGUGAAUUAUACGCAGUGGGAUUGCUUUUUCAUUUAUAGAACAUGACCAUUGUAUGACUCAUUCUGACAGUUCAAAUCCUGAGAUUUCUGAGGACACUACUAAAGGCAUUUUCUUCCUUCUAAGUCAAUGCUUCAUACUUUUUCUUGGGAUUCUUUGAGCCCUUGUCAUCCUUUUCCGCAGAUAGGUUAAUUCUCAUGAAAAGUGUUUAUUUUCAUUCCAGAUGACAAGCAGGAUGUGCAGAGCACUUUAUUCAGUGCAUAGCUUUAAGCCAGUAUUGGGUUCACUGAGUGGACAGCCACACUCAGCUCUCUGCCUUUCCUCAAGGGGUCAUAGUAGGUUCACACUGCUAUUGCAGCUAAACAGAUUCCUGACUAAUGGGAUCCAGCAGGGACAUUUCUCCUGAGAGCCAGUAUCCUGUUAGGGGGUUCUUUGGAAUUCUUAGCUUCUACUUGGAGUGGAAGGACCAAUCACUUAGAAUAUUCCAUAGAAGGUUGUGUGGCCAAAUUCUGCCCUUUGCUUUAUGUGCAACUUGUAUAAGUCAAGUUAAAAUUACAUGAGUUUGGAGAUAGGGUUAGCACUUUGAAAAAUGUUUGAACCAAUCAUGAAUUACUUAGGUAUUAUUCAUUUCACAUUGCCAGAACAGUGCAUGAAGUACAUUAUAUUAUAAACUGCCUUCAGUUUUGGGUCUUUAUGUUGAAGUUUAGUUUACAAAUCCUUUUAAGUACAGAAUGGUUUAUAUGGGGUCAGGUGCUCCAAAAAAUAGAUUUCUGAGACCAAAAAUGAUCUAGGCUAUAUAGACUACAAUAUGAAACUUUCAAAGCUAGCUUCCAGUCUAGGAAGGCAGUAACUGGUAUAUGGUAUGAUACAACCAAUAGAAACACUUUAUAUUUUGCUUAGGGCCUCAUUUUAGAAAAGAAACGUAUCUUUCUAAUUCUUUUGCAUAGGUAAUGAUUAAUUUGCAUUUUUGGCGUGCACCAAAUCAUGAUAUCCCAGUGACUAGCACAAUGUCUGGCACAGUUGAUGUGCAGAUGUUUGUGUGAGUGAAUGAGAGGAAUGCAGAAGCUCAUUAUAUGGCGCAGGGAAGCCAACUGGCACAGGAUUACAUACAUUACCACAAGUAAACUAAUGCAUUGACGCUAAUUUAAUGUAUUUUUACCUCACACUAAGGUAAUGCUUGAUAAAGACAUCAAUGCUCGACUUUUUAAAUCCUAGCAUAGUGCUAUGCACACAGUGGGUGCUCAUUGUUGAAUGAACAAAUUUGCAAUACUAGACUUAAUUUCACCUGACUACUCUGUUAAAUUUUCAGUUAGAGCAUAGAUACUGUAAAAUCCAAAUAAGUACACAUUAAAUCUUGUUUUUCUGAAAGUAUGACAUCUAAAAUAUUUGUAGAGAAACCUUGUCACAACUGCUUUGAAUAUUUGUAUUUUCUUUUGCCUUUGACAUUAUGAUAUUGGCUUGUAAUGUCUCUUUUCAUCUUAUGGAAUAUUAGUGGAACAUGCACCUCUACCCAUAAUUAUUUUUCAAUGAUGGCUUGUCCAAAGCCAUUAUAUGAACUGUUGGGUUGGAUUUGGCUUGAUGUGGUAGUUGUUGGACCUUGAGAAAUCAAAGGACUUCUUAAAAAUAUCUUCCAAAAACCAAUACUAGAAUCCUAUUCAAUUGCAUAUGUACAUUGUCACAAAGCAAAGUAAACUGAAAUUGGCUGCUAUAUUUUAUAUAAUAUAAUCAUUUCUGCAAAAGCCCAAUUUUUGGAUACUAAUAUUUGACAUGGUUAAUUCUUAUUAAUUUGUUGGAAUUGUUUAUUGUUAAUAAUGCAAAUAGAUAAUUUUUAAUUAUCCUUAAGUAACAUUUCAUUAUUAAUGGUUUGAAAUGGGUGACAAGCAAACCAAUUUGAAAUAAAAAUAUGAACAUGUGCCAUUGUAUUAUAACACUAUACACUUUCUUGACAGUAAGAUUUUGAAAAAAUGUUUUUUUUUGUAGCAUGUAUUGUAUAUGUUUAUAGUAUAUGUAGUAAAUAAAAAUAUGGCCAAAUAUUUGGCUUGGUGAUCUUUUGAAGAAAGUAAUGUUUGAAUAUUUUUCACAAAAGAGCUAAAUCUGUUAUGCUUAGGGAAUAAGAGGUGUGUGCACUCAGCCUACAAUCAUGUAAUGAGAAACAAUUGUUCCGUGGAUACUCAUUAAAGCUGGGAUUAAUCACUGGUGA